AUGGAUUCGCAAGGCGCAGGACCUACACUAUCGCUCUCGAUGCCAAUUUUAAAUACAAUGGAAAAUGGCAGUGGGCUAUUGGGAGUAGCAGCAGUUGACAUACUUUUCAAGCAGAUCGCUAGGAUACUUCCCGAAACUGAACAGAUGUACGCAUUCAUCGUCGAUAACAACGGAAUUGCCAUUUACCACCCGCAUCUCAAAGUACCGGUAUGUCAGUUCUUUUCAAUAGCAUUUUACUUUGAUAUUGUUUCAUCGUCGCGUUUCCUUCGUCGUAGCAAACUUUCAGUUCUGCUAUACUCUGAACCCAGGACAAAUUUUUUAUAG